AUGGUUGAUGCGAGCUACCACAACAAUAUGAACGUAACUGAUGUAUACAAUAGCAAGUGGCUCAAAAUGCUUGGAUGGAAACCAAACAUAACAAUUACGGUUGAUAUUUCAAAGAAUUUACAGUUCAUAAAUUAUGCAGACAAUUACUUCCAUAAUAUAAAUCUCAAGGACUCGUCUACAGUUCGCGUAAAUGUUACUGCUAAAAACUUGCAAGAAUUAAAUUUAUCCAAUACAAAUUUUCCUAUAAGGUACAUUUAUGAGGCCGAUACCCCAAACUUAGAAGUACUUGAUAUUACUGGUAGCACAUGUCAAACGAUAUACGUUCAUUUAUUUGAAAAAGCAACAAAACUAAGGAAAAUUGUUGCCGAAAAUAUAAAGCUUAAUUUCGAUGAAUUGGAAAGCAUUUUCUAUAGUCUUAAAAACCUGGAAGAGCUAGAUGUUUAUAAAAGUAAUUUACGAAACAUUCCACCAACUUUAUUAAAAUACCAAACAGUUUUAUUUCGUCUGAACUUGGACGAAAAUUUCUUUCCGUCCUUUCCAGCUACGUUGAAAUAUGUACAGAAUUUAAAAGAGCUAUAUAUUCGUUUUAACAAAAUAACAUACAUCACUGAGUCAGACUUUGUUACCUUUAAGAGAUUAGGAAAAGCAAAGAUUUUUAUUCAAGGCAAUCCAAUAAACUGUGAUUGUUUACAUGUUCAAUCACUUAAAUGGAUAAAAGAAAUUCAGCACUUAUUCAUGGACCUUAAUGAAACCCUUUGCAGUGAAAAGAGUUCAACAGUGUUAGAAAUUAUUCAAGAAAAGACCUUUGAGGAAUUUGUCAAAAAUUGCCAAACAGACACGUGGCUGGCCUUGUCUAUUUUGAUGUUAUUAAUUCUAAUUGUUACAAUCACUGUUGUUUUCCUUGCCAAAAAAUAUCGUGUUCAUAUUGAUUAUGUUAUUCUGAAGUUACGUAGCAGAUGGAAAGGCGUAUAUUCCGUCGAAAGUGGGGACUUUCAGUUUGAUGCUUUUAUAUCUUAUGCUGAAGAUGACUAUAGAAUUGUAAGCACUACAUUAUAUCAAACGCUAACACAAAGAGGAUUUCAAAUAAGUUUUCCAGAUAAAGAUUUCAUUCCUGGAAUAUCCAAAGCGGAUGAAUUGCUCCGGUGUGUUGACAAAAGUAGAAAAGUUGUGUUUAUCAUCACUGAAAACUUUCUUGCCAAUGGUUGGAAUUCUUACGCGGUCCAGAUGACGGUAACGCAUUCGUUUCAUAAUAAUCGGAGACAGUCCAUCAUCGUGAUAAUUAAGGAUAAUAUAACCAUACAAAGAAUGCCAAAAGACUUACGAUAUAUCUGGUGGUCCAUUGUGAGUAUAAGAUGGCCGGAAACAAGUGAUCUGAUGGAACAGUUUUGGGAUGAACUUGAUCGUGCCUUAAAAUCGGUUUAA